AUGAAUGAUUCAUUUUCAUUUGAUUUUUAUAAAUUAUUAAAAAAAAUACAAGCAAAACCUAUUAAAAUAGCAUUAACCAUUAUAAUUACAUUUACAUUAACAAGUAUUGCCGAGGUACAAUUCUUUUUUCAAUCUUAUACAAAGUAUGAUAUAAACGGUUGCCAAAUCCCCAAUAAUUCUUCAUCGGGUUUUACAAUAAAUAACUGUUUUGGUAAUGAUGCAAAAGAUCUCACAGUAACCAAUUGUCUAAACUCUUUAUAUGGUACCAAUUCAAACUAUUCACUUGAAUUUCGUGUACCAGUAGUCGGUAUCAACGGAAUCGAUAAAUUCAGUAAAAUAAUAUUGGCCUUAGCAUUUAUAUCAUAUUUUAGUAUUUUAGGAUUCCUUCAAAUUGCAGUUUACUUUCAAUUUCAAAAAAGAAAAAGAAUUCAAGAUAUAAUUGCGGGUUCAAUGGUUUUUGUUGAUGGCACAGGCAAAUAUGAAAGAAUCAUUGGUUGGUACUCUUUUGGAAUGGCAUUUGUAUAUCUUGCAAUUAAAAUCAUAUGGAUAAUGUACCGUGCUAGUGUUUAUGGUAAAAUAGAUUGUGAUGGUACUGAAUAUAUAUUUGAAUUACAACAGGGUUUAUCAACAUCAAUUGGUAUUAUAAUCCAAACUCUUUUUACCUGUAUCAUUCUUCCGCUAGUAUAUGUACUUCAAAGCAAAAACUAUCUCAACGACAUCAAUUUAAAAGAAAUAAUGACCAAUUUCACCAACGAAUCACUUAAACAAUUUAAAUAUAUUUCAAUAUUAAAAACUGAAAAAUAUAAAGAAAUUUUAGAUAAUUAUUUUAAAUCAACUUAUCCAAAUGAUACUUUUAUAACUAGAUUCUUUAGAUCCAACACUUUUAGUUUUUCAAAAACCCCAAAUUCAGAAAUUAUUCAAAUAAUAUUAAAUCAUAAAAAAGAUUAUCCACAAGAUUUUGAACCAAUGCUUUACAAAGAAUCUAAAAUAUCAAUUAAAACAUUAAAUAAUAUAUAA